UUUUUUUACUGCUUAUCCCUGCCUCGCAUCCUCCUGUCCUCCUCCCCCUGCAAUUUACCCCCACCUCCAGAUGAGUAUUUUCAGAUUGAGCUCAGAGCCCACUUCCUGUGAGGAGCCCUCCCAAACUCAGCAGCUGGAGCAACCACUUCCCUCCUAACACUAGUGCAACCGACUGCCCUGCUGACAUUUAGGGCAGGGCCUGGUCCAAGGAACAGCCCAAGCACAACCCAGGUUUUGCACUUGAGUGUUCGGACUUCUGACUACCUGCCCUGUGCCCAAAGCCAGAAAUGCCCCUGCCUACCCUUCCCCUGCCUCAUCCAGUUAACUCCUUCUCCACCCUCUUCCCUCUGUCACCUGGGUCCCAGGUUCAGGCAUGCCCAAUCCCUACCCUCAGGACCUAAGGAUGGGGCCUGCAGCAGCCAGUCCAGGGGACCAUUCCCAACCUGCCCUCACACCCCCUCCACCAGCUCCCUUUGGCUCCAGUUGUAUCCGUGCUGAAGCCUCCAAGUAUCAUGUCAGAGAGAGCAGUCACAGCAGAGAGGUCCGAAGCACUUCACAGGAUGCCCGAGAUCAGGCCUUGCCAUGUACUAGCUAUGUGACUUGGAUAAGUCAUGGUCCGUCCCUGAGACUCAGUUUUUCUCUUUAAAAUUAGCAUUCAAAUAUUUAGAAUCCUCAGCAACACGAAGGAGUGAAGUGCUACAACAUGGAUGAACCUUGAAAACAUUAUGCUAAGGGAAAGAAGCCAGUCACAAAAGAUUACAUAUUGUAUGAUUUCAUUUAUAUGAUAUGUCCAGAAUAGGCAAAUCUAUAGAGACAGAAAGUACAUCUGUGGUUUCCAGGGGCUGGGGGUAGGGGGAAAGGGAAGUGGCUGCUCAUGGGUGCAGGAUUUCUUUUGGGGGUAAUGAAAAUGUUCUAGAAUUGAUUGUGAUGAUGGUUGCACAGCUCUGUGAAUACACUAACAAACACUGAAUUGUACAUUUAAAUAAGUGAAUUGUAUGGUAUGUGAAUUCUAUCUCAAUAAAGCUUUUAUUUUAAAAAAAUUUAGAAUUGAAUAAUACCUACAUCAGAGUUGGAAGAAAUGUAUAUGAACUAUCUAGCACAUAGUAGGCAUCCAGUUAUUACUGCUAUUCUUAAGACGAGGCCUGGGGGAGCCCUUCCCAGUCUAUCAUGGGAGACCUUGGCCUUUGGACUCUCAAAGGUGACAGGUCCACCCCCUCUCCCAUACACUUUUGUCACCAGAGGUAGCUCUUUCAGCAGCUCGAAGGAGCUAUUUGUGUGUGUGUGUGUGUGUGUGUGUGUGCUUUAAGUGAAAGUUUACAAAUCAAGUCAAUGUCUCACACAAAAACCCAUAUACACCUUGCUAUACACUCCCAAUUACUCUCCCCCCAAUGAGACAGCCCGCUCUCUCCCUCCACUCUCUUUUCCUGUCCAUUUCGUCAGCUUCUAACCCCCUCCACCCUCUCAUCUCCCCUCCAGACAGGAGAUGCCAACAUAGUCUCAAGUGUCCACCUGAUCCAAGAAGCUCACUCCUCACCAGCAUCGCUCUCCAACCCAUUGUCCAGUCCAAUCCAUGUCUGAAGAGUCAGCUUUGGGAAUAGUUCCUGUCCUGGGCCAACAGAAGGUCUGGAGGCCAUGACCACCGGGGUCCUUCCAGUCUUAGUCAGACUAUUAAGUCUGGUCUUUUUAUGAGAAUUUGGGGUCUGCAUCCCACUGCUGUCCUGCUCCCUCAGGGGUUCUCUGUUGUGUUCCCUGUCAGGGCAGUCAUUGGUUAUAGCCGGGCACCAUCUAGUUCUUCUGGCCUCAGGAUGAUGUAGUCUCUGGUUCAUGUGGCCCUUUCUGUUUCUUGGGCUUGUAAUUGCCUUGUGUCCUUGGUGUUCUUCAUUCUCCUUUGAUCCAGGUGGGUUGAGACCAAUUGAUGCAUCUUAGAUGGCUGCUUGCUAGCGUUUAAGACCCCAGACGCCACUCUUCAAAGUAGGAUGCAGAAUGUUUUCUUAAUAGAUUUUAUUAUGCCAGUUGACAUAGAUGUCCCCUGAAACCAUGGUCCCCAGACCCCUCCCCCUCCUACGCUGGCCUUCAAAGCAUUCAGUUUAUUCAUGAAGUUUCUUUGCUUUUGGUUUAGUCCAAUUGUGCUGACCUCCCCUGUAUUGUGUGCCGUCUCUCCCUUCAUCUAAAGUAGUUCUUAUCUACCAUCUAAUUAGUGAAUACCCCUCUCCCACCCUACCUCCCUCCCCCCUCUCAUAACCACAAAAGAAUAUUUUCUUCUCAGUUUAAACUAUUUCUCAAGUUCUUAUCAUAGUGGUCUUAUACAAUAUUUGCCCUUUUGCAACUGACUAAUUUCACUCAGCAUAAUGCCUUCCAGGUUCCUCCAUGUUACGAAAUGUUUCACAGAUUCCUUACUCUUCUUUAUCGAUGCAUAGUAUUCCAUUGUGUGAAUAUACCAUAAUUUAUCCGUUCAUCCAUUGAUGGGCAUCUUGGUUGCUUCCAUCUUUUUGCUAUUGUAAACAGUGCAGCAAUAAACAUGGGUGUGCAUUUAUCUGUUCGUGUAAAGGCUCUUAUUUCUCUAGGAUAUAUUCCAAGGAGUGGGAUUGCUGGAUCCUAUAGUAGUUCUAUUUCUAGCUUUUUAAGGAAGCGCCAAAUCGAUUUCCAAAUUGGUUGGACCAUUUUACAUUCCCACCAGCAGUGUAUAAGUGUUCAAUCUCUCCACAGCCUCUCCAACAUUUAUUAUUUUAUGUUUUUUUUAAAUUAAUGCCAGCUUUGUUGGAGUGAGAUGAAAUCUCAUUGUAGUUUUGAUCUGCAUUUCUCUAAUGGCUAAUGAUAUUGAACAUUUCCUCAUAUAUCUGUUAGCUACCUGAAUGUCUUCUUUAGUGAAGUGUCUAUUCAUGUCUUUUGCCCAUUUUUUAAUUGGGUUACUUGUCUUUUUGUAGUUGAGUUUUUGCACUAUCAUGUAGAUUUUAGAGAUCAGGCGCUGAUCAGAAAUGUCAUAGCUAAAAACUUUUUCCCAGCCUGUAGGUAGUCUUUUUACUCUUUUGGUGAAGUCUUUGGAUGAGCAUAGGUGUUUGAUUUUUAGGAGCUCCCAGUUAUCUAGUUUUUCUUCUACAUUCUUUAUAAUGUUUUGUAUACUGUUUAUGCCAUGUAUUAGGACUCCUAACGUUGUCCCUAUUUUUUCUUCCAUGAUCUUUAUCGUUUUAGAUUUUACAUUUAGGUCUUUGAUCCAUUUUGAGCUAGCUUUUGUGCAUGGAGUGAGGUAUGGGUCUCAUUUCAUUUUUUUGCAGGUGGAUAUCCAGUUAUGCCAGCACCAUUUGUUAAAAAGACUGUCUUUUCCCCCAUUUAACUGUUUUGGGGCCUUUGUCAAAUAUCAACUGCUCAUAUGUGGAUGGAUUUAUGUCUGGAUUCUCAAUUCUGUUCCAUUGGUCCAUGUAUCUGUUGUUGUACCAGUACCAGGCUGUUUUGACUACUGUGGCGGUAUAAUAGGUUCUAAAAUCAGGUAAAGUAAGGCCUCUCACUUUGUUCUUCUUUUUCAGUAAUGCCUUAUUUAUCCGGGGCCUCUUUCCCUUGAAGGAGCUAUUUUAAAGAGCCUCAAGUCAAGGGAACUACCAAGAUCUGAAACUUACUGACCUUUCCCUCUCAGCUUCCUGUCCCUCACAGCCACCUCUCGUAAAGUGAUCUAGGCUGUCAACUAGCUUUUCUAGGAUAAGGUUUCAGGUCAGCUGGAGUGUAUAAAGAUCAGUGCCAAGCCAGCGGCAGCAGAGGAACAGUGAAUGGCAAGGACAGACAAUCAGAUGCCUGUUGCUGCCCUCCCAGGAUGGAGCUUAAGAAACCCUAAGGAGCCCCUGUGUUCCCCCUACCCUGGCUGGACUCACAGCCUCCUCCCAGCACUAAAGCCCAGGGCAGCAGCGCGGCCUCUCUCCUUGGGCCCCCGCUGGGCCCCGGAGGGACCAGGCAGAGCCUUCUGGGACCAUGGUUGGACUGAAGCCUUCAGAAGUGCCUCCCACAACGGCUGUGAAGUUCCUGGGGGCAGGCACGGCAGCCUGCUUUGCUGACCUCUUUACCUUUCCACUGGACACAGCCAAGGUCCGCCUACAGAUCCAGGGGGAGAACCAGGCGGCCCAGGCGGCCCGAAACGUGCGGUACCACGGCGUGCUGGGCACCAUCCUGACCAUGGUGCGCAUGGAGGGGCUCCGCAGCCUCUACAACGGGCUGGUCGCUGGUCUUCAUCGCCAGAUGAGCUUUGCCUCCAUCCGCAUCGGCCUCUACGACUCUGUCAAGCAGUUCUACACCCCCAAAGGAUCGGACCACUCCAGUGUCACUACCCGGAUUUUGGCGGGCUGCACCACGGGGGCCAUGGCGGUGACCUGUGCACAGCCCACGGAUGUGGUGAAGGUCCGAUUUCAGGCCAGCAUACACCUUGGGCCUGGGUGUGACAGGAAAUACAGUGGGACUAUGGAUGCCUACAGAACCAUCGCCAAGGAGGAAGGAGUCAGGGGCCUGUGGAAGGGAACUUUGCCCAACGUCACAAGGAAUGCCAUUGUCAACUGUGCUGAGAUGGUGACCUAUGACAUCAUCAAGGAGAAGCUGCUGGACUAUCACCUGCUGACCGACAACUUCCCCUGCCACUUUGUCUCUGCCUUUGGAGCCGGCUUCUGUGCCACAGUGGUGGCCUCCCCGGUAGAUGUGGUGAAGACCCGGUAUAUGAACUCACCCCCAGGCUGGUACCACAACCCCCUGGACUGUAUGCUGAAGAUGGUGGCCCAGGAGGGCCCCACAGCCUUCUAUAAGGGGUUUACCCCCUCCUUUCUACGUUUGGGAAGCUGGAAUGUUAUUAUGUUUGUAAGCUAUGAGCAGCUGAAACGGGCCUUGAUGAAAGUCCAGAUACUACGGGAAUCUCCAUUUUGAACAAGACAAGAAGGCCACUUUGUACUUAACGGCUAUGAAACCAGUUAAGGAUGGAAGAAAACCGUGGACCCAUGCACACAUGGACACAGACUCCCACAUGUUUACAGAACUGCCUACUUGCUGUAGGAGUAUCAGAAGCAGAAGAGAGAUUCAGCUCUUCCGUGCUUUGUCUUAAGGACACUUCCUUUUGCACUGACAAGAUGGAAAAUAAAUUAUAUUAAUUUUUGAAACUCAUUAGGUGGAAUGCCUAACAUUUAGGCAAGAGAAAAUAAUUCAGCAGAUCCAUUUGGAUAAGAUGGAAGUUUGCACACUUGUGUCCCCUGAAAAUCUGAUUAGGCAAAGAAAUAUAAACAGGAAACACCGCAAGCCUAGGACAGGGUGGCCCACAAUUCAGUAGGAAAUCAGCCAACGAAUGUACAGGGACACUGCGAAGGCAACACAAAGUAUAUGAGUGCAGCAUGUGAGUAACUGUGGGUCUUCAUCCACAUUUGUAAUGUGCCUGCCAUGUAGAACCAUUAGGAUUCUAGAAAAUGUGAGCAAAAAAGAGGAAACCUGGAACCUGUGCCAAAGAAGCGCUGCUCGGCCAAUGUGAGGCUGAGGCUUGUAACCAUUCCCUGACGACACUGGAGAACCUAGACAGCAGCCUCCAUCCCCUUUCCUGUAAAAUGGGAGGAAUAAUCCCUUCCUUGCCUACCUCACAGGGGUGUUAUGAGGAUCAAGGGAGAAGCUGGGCAUGAAAGCACUUUACAAAAGCUCAUGAUCUGUAUAAAUGCAAAUAUAAGGGCAAUGCCUGGGGAAACAUUUUUGUCAAGACAGAGAGGAACUGCCACGGAAGAAGUUUCGGAAAGACACAGCUGUCUAGAGUUGAGACCAAGGGAACCAGGGGCGUGGUGGUGGGGAGGCGGGUGACAGGGUAAAGCAAAGCCACAAGAGCCCUGUCCCCAUGCAGUCCCCACUCCUUUGCUGGACUAUGAGUCAACUUGAAGUGUUGUGGAGCUUGAGGAAAAAGAGGUAGAUGCCUGCCUGAGAGCCAAAGUAGCAGGACUCAGAAUUUUUAGAAAAUUAUUAUGAUUCAAUAAAGGAACUCACACCUUGUGUGUGACAAUAAGAGCAGCUCCUUUUCUGCCUUCUCAUUUUUGAAUGGAAUUUUCCCUUUUCAUUUCCUCUUUGUCAGAGUUGGGCUCUGUCCAGCCAGCAGGUGCACUGACCCCACCAAGCGACACUUCUGCUCUCUUGCCGGGUGGCUGCAGACUAGUUGUUUGGCCUUUUAGGGCUUUGGCUACUCCAUCUUUAAGAGGCGGGUGUUCAGCCAGAUGACCUAAGGCUCUGAGGUUCUGUGGUUCCAAGAACCAGAGAAAGCUUCCUCCAAGCCUCCGGCAUCUGCCAGCAGGAAGCCAGAGACAGGAACUCAUGAGAAAAUCAGAUCACCAGUUGAGGCACACAGGGGGAUGCAGGACCCUUUAUUCUAGAGCAUUAGGGCACCUAGUGGGAAGCUACUUGGAGGCUUUGACAAAAUACCUGUGUCUCCAUUAAUCUCAAUACCUGCUUGUUUUUGUUGCCUUCCUUCCCUCCUCGUGGGACGGAGCCUUCUGAACGAUGAUUUUUCUAAAAUGAUACAAAAAGAGGCAAGAGAAUGAGGGUAACACAUCACUCCCUUCCAAACUUAAGACUGAACCUCUUUCAAAGGGAUGACAGAAACCCAGGAUAUCAGUGCCUUUUCCUGCCUUGUGUGGCUCUGCUGAUAGUCAGAACGGGGUUCAGACCUCUCUCCUCACUCCCCUACUAGCAUCUGAAUCACCAGGAAUCUUUAUACUUCAGAGUCCUACCAGAAAAGUGGGAGUGAUAAUCCCUACAUCACAGGCUUGUUUUGAGGAUCAAUGUAAAACACGUGGAAUACAGGAAGUGCUCAGUAAAUGUCAUUUCCCUCCUUCCUCUCUCUAAGUCCUCCACACCCUGGGAAAAAGUGAAUAUCCAUUCAUCCUCAGCACUUUCCUAAAUUAUAAUUUUUUUUUCCAUAUACAAACCAGAUAGUUAAAAUCGAGGCAAAAAUAUAAAAAUUACUGUGAUUUAGUGUCUGGUUUGGCUGGCCAUAUGGCUUUUAAAUUAAAUGCAUAUUUUAAAAAUUCUUUUUAUUUUGACUUGACUGACACGUGCAAAUCACACUCAAACUCCUGGUCACGGUUCAUAAGUUCCUAGAGGCCAGGAACUAUGCCUUCCAUGAAUUUCUAUAUAGCAAUAUUAACACAUUAUCUACCUAGAGGAUACUAUUCAAAUGAGGAGGCUAAGAGAGGGGAUAAAUUCUCCUACAAGAUAUUUUGAUUGGGCUCAGGAGCCUAGUGAUCUCAGAUUCCAGCCUUUUGGAGAAGGGAAAACAAGACUGAAAGGAGGUCCUCUGAGAUUUCCAGGGCAAGAUAGGUCUCUUUCUCCACUAUGAAAGGUGGAGUUUGAACCAGAUGACCUAAGGCUCUAAGGUUCUGUGAUUCCAAGAACUGAGAGACAGCUUCCUCCAAGUCACAGUGUGCCCUUUGUAGCCCUGGCCCCACCUUCUGCCACCAAGAAGCCAGGGAUAGGAAUUCAUGAGAAGGUCAGAUUACCAGUUGAGGUGCACACAGGGAGGCCCACUUCUUAGUUCCGUGCACCCAUUCCCCCCCCCCAACAACACCCACAGACACCCACCUGCAGUCAAGUCAUUCAAAAUCUGCUUUUUCUCAAACUCUUCACGUUUAGGCAAAAAUGAGACAGUUUGGGGCCUGACUCAGUCACAUUAGUGACGUAAUGAAAAAUUGGCCUGACAGAAAUAUUGUAGGUAAAGACAAUAUUUUUAAAAGGAAUGUUUUAUUCAAAAGAAGUAAAUGUUAGGAAAUGUAAUCAUAGCUUUAAAGAGGAGUGAAUUUGUGUAAGGCAUUUUGAAAACUACAGAGUGCUAUCGAUACAAAUGAAAAUAUUCAUUGUGCAUACAUUAUGAGCCACACAUUGCACUAGGUGCUGAGGUGAACAAGGCCAGUCCUGCCCUCAAGGAGUUCAUUUGGGUAGAGGAUGGUAGAACAGGAAAGACAAAUAAAUCAUAAACCAUUAAUUACCAUCAAAAACAAACAAACAAUCUAAGAUGCAGCAAUUGGUCUCAACCCACCUGGAGCAAAGGAAAAUGAAGAACACCAAGGCCACACGACAACUAAGAGCCCAAGAGACAGAAAGGGCCACAUGAACCAGAGACCUACAUCAUCCUGAGACCAGAAGAACUAGGUGGUGCCCGGCCACAAUCGAUGACUGCCCUGACAGGGAGCACAGCAGAGGACCCCUGAGGGAGCAGGAGAUCAGUGGGAUACAGACCCCAAAUUCUCAUAAAAAGACCAAACUUAAUGGUCUGACUGAGACUAGAGGAAUCCUGGCGGCCAUGCUCCCCAGACCUUCUGUUGACACAGGACAGGAACCAUCCCCGAAGACAACUCAUCAGACAUGAAAGGGACUGGUCAGCGGGUAGGAGAGAGAUGCUGAUGAAGAGUGAGCUAAUUAUAUCAGGUGGACACUUGAGAUUGUGUUGGCAACUCUUGUCUGGAGGGGGGAUGGGAGGAUAGAGAGAGAGGGAAGCAGGCAAAAUUGUCAAGAAAGGAGAGACUGAAAGGGCUGACUCAAGAGGGGGAGAGUAAGUGGGAGUAGGGAGUGAGAUGUAUGUAAACUUAUAUGUGACAGACUGAUUGGAUUUGUAAACGUUCACUUGAAGUUUAAUAAAAGUUAUUAAAAAAACAAACAAACAAACAAACCUAUUGCCAUCAAGUCGAUUCUGACUCGUAGCAACCCUACAGGACAGAAUAGAACUCCCCCCAUAGGGUUUCUAAGGAGUGGCUGGUGGAUUCAAACUGCUAACCUUUUGGUUAGCAGCCAGGCCAUUAACCACUGUGCCACCAGGGCUCCAUUAACUACCAUACAGAGUGAUAAAAACUACAAUAGAAGUAAUUAUAAGCCACUCAAGAGCAGGAACCCAUAUGAGGGACAUCUAACCUAGCUUGGGGACUAGGGUAGCUUUUUGGAGGACCAAAAAAACCAAACCCAUUGCCAUCGAGUCAUUUCUGACUCAUAGCGACCCUAUAGAGGAAGUGACAUCUAAAUAAGACACCAAAGGACAAGGAUCCAGGCAAAGGAGAGAGAGUAAGUCAUCCUGCUCAGAGGGCACAGCUUGUGCAAAGGCAAGACACAAGGCAAGAAUGAGGUGGAUUCAAAGGAUUGUCAGCAGUUCAGUAUGGCUGGAUUAGAGACUUAAAGGGAAAUAGUGAGAGAGAUGGAGAUGAAGAGGAAAACAAGGGCCUUGAAAGGCUGUAGAAAUGACAUUAAGGAGCUUGGACUGUGUUCUGAGGGUGAUGUGGAGCCACUGAAGUGUUUCAAGCAGGGAGUGGAUGGACCCUGGUGCUAGGAAGAUGAGGCUGUGGUCAAAAUUCAGGCAAGAGGAAAUGACGGCCCUAUCUAUGGUAUUGGCAAUGGGGGUUGAGAGAAUGGCGUAGUAAGAAAACCAAUAGCGCUUGAAAAGAUUCUAUUUGGAGGGGUGUGUGAGGAAAGAGAGGUGAAGCAUGAUGCUCACAUGUUUUAAAUAACAUAAAAAUAUCCUCAGUAAUGUCUCCAACAAAUGGUUUUCUGGCUUCUGAACAAAACCACUUGGGUAGUAUGGACUCGCCAUCUCUGGAGAUUCUAAUGGAGGUUCCUUUGGGCAGCUCUGUGUGAGAGCUUUCUGAUAAUGAGCCAAAGGCACAGAUGUUGCAGCAUUUAUUGUCCUUGCCCACUCCUAUUAUUUCUUAGACAUAUGCUGAGUCCUGACAUACAUGGGGAAUGUAAGUGCCCCUCUGACGAGUUGCCACAGCCCUGGUCACACUGCACUGCAUAUCACAGUUUACCUGUCUCACUGCCCACUGGCCUGCACGUUCUCUGCAAGAAUGCACAGAGUCAUUGUAUCCCCACUCCUUAGCAGAGUACCUGGAACAUUACAAAAUAAAUGAAUAAAUGAGUGGAAAAAAAAAACUUUCUGAAAUAUAGAAUUGCUGCUGGGAGCCAAAAAUACACUAAAUAAUCUACUUUUACAGGGAUGAAAAUCUCUUAAGUAUAUGAGCAUAUGUCUGAAUUCAUACAAAUGGAAUGAAUAUGGACCUUGUAACAGAAACCAAAGUUAGAAAUCCCAGUUACGACACUUACUAGCUAUGUAGGUAAAAUUCUUAGUCUCCCUGAGCCUCAGUUUCUUCAUCCACAAAAUGUGGAUAAUAUUUGGCAGAGAGCAAAAUUCCACACCUGUGUUGGUGGUAAACUUCUUAGGAAACAAACUGCAUUGUUUGUGAUAAUGGAAGAUGACACAGCCACUUUGGAAAAGCUUGACAGCUUCUUAUAAAAGUUAAACAUACACCUACCAUCUGAUCCAGCCAUUCCACUCCUAGUAUUUACCUGAGAAAUGAAAACAUAUGUCCAAAAAAAAACAGACUUGUACAUAAAUGACCAUGACAGCACUAUGCAUAACAGCCAAAAACUGGAAGCAAUGCAAAUGUCCAUCAGCUGGUGAAUAAACAAAAUGUUCUAUAUCCUUUCAAUGAAAUAUCACUUAGCUACUAAAAGGAACAAGCUACUGAUACCUGCACCACCAUGAAUGAACCUCAAAAAACUUAAUGCUAAAUGAAAGAAGCCAGACACCAAAGACUACAUUCCAUGUACGUAAAAAUUUUAGAAAAUCCAGAACUAUAGAGACAAAGAUCAAUAGUUGUCUGGGGCUGAAGGUGAGAGAAAGAAUUGACCGCAAACAGACACAACACAACUUUUGGGGGAGUUGGAAGUGUUUUGAAACUGGAUUAUGGUAAUUGUUGCACAAUUGUAUAAAUUCACUAAAAAGUCAUCAGACUGUACACUUAACAAUGGACUAAUUGUAUGGUUCUUAAAUUGUACCUCAAUAAAGCUGUUAAAAGUGAAGAAAAAAAAAAAGUAUGUCCUAGAGUGUUCACAGCAGUACUAUUACGGUAGAUGAAAACUGGAAACGAUAAAUGCCGGUCUUAAAUUGUACCUCAAUAAAGCUGUUAAAAGUGAAAAAAACAAAAAAAAAGUUAUGUCCUAGAAUGUUCGCAGCAGUACUACUACGGUAGAUGAAAACUGGAAACAACAUAAAUGCCCAUCAACAAUAAAAAUAGAAUGGAUAAAUUAGAAGUAUUUACACAAUGGAAUACUACACAGUAAUAAGAAUUAAAGAACUGCAGCUUGGAUGAAUCUCACAAACAUAAUGUUGAGUGAAAGGUACCAAACAGUACAUACUGUGUGAUUCCAUUUAUAUGAAGCUUAAGAAUAGGAAAAACUAAUAUUUUGUGUUUGAAAUCAAAAACUAAUAUUUUGUGUUUGAAAUAGUGGUCAUUUUGGGGAUAAAUAGUGUCGGGUGGGAAACAGGUGGAUUCUGGGAAGUUAGUGUCCUUAUAUAGAGGUGUUCACUUUAUGAAAGUUUAUUGCUUACAGUUUGUGCACUGUUUUACAAGGAUGUUACACCUCAAUAAAAAUUUUACUUUAAAAGUGCAUUUAAGUUGAAUAAGAGACCACUGGUGAUCUCCAAUAAGUGUGCGUGUGUGUGUGUGUGUGCAUGUGCACAGGGAUGAGAGGAGCUGGGCAGGUAAAGACCUGAGGAAGGGUGUUCCAGGCAGAGAGAACAACCAGUUCAAAGGCCCAAAAGUGGGAAUGAACUUGACAUGUUUAAAGAACAGAAAAAAGGUCUGUGAGGUUGGAGGGAGGUGAAUGAGGAGGUGAAUGUGAGAUCAUUCAUUCAUUCAACAAAUAUGUAAGAGCUGUCCCAGAGGCUGAGCAAUCAACUCUGACAGCCAAUUAUUUGGAAAGUUUGGCAGAGGAAGGAAGAAGAAAAAAAUAGCCAUUGUGGAAGAGGUAAGAAAGUCCUGAGGGUUGCUUUGAGAUAGAUAGGUAAGUAGAUAGAGGAUUGACAGAUAGAUGAUUCAAAUAAGUCAAGAAAGAAUUGAUUACAGGAGCAAGGUGGGAAGUCAUGUCAUGCUGGACCUUUACCAUUUAUCGGAUAUUAUGUUUUUUUUUUUUUAUGGCAAAGGGCC